UUGACUGUAGUUGCCCUUUAAACUGUACCUCGGAGAAUUUAGUUGACUGGGAUAAGACGUCCACGCUGAUUGGUUAUGCGUAAACAGAGCCAUCUGCGAUGUAAUUAAGCGGAAGUUAAGAAUUUUGCCGGUCAACGUGAAUGUUUACACUUUUAAAUUUUAGCUAAUCAUUUGCAAAUUCUAGUUUAAGAGAUUAAAAUAUAAAGGGUGUAGUAGUUUUGUUGCUAUAACAAUUGUCAUCUAUGCAGGCUUAGCUGUACCUGCAGAUGUAGUGUGGCUUGUUGGUUUUGUUACAGCAUAGUGCCACUUCAAUGCUGUAGCGUUACUGUCCAUUUAUUAGUUAGUGUUAAAACGGCUACUAUCAUUAAUCCAGAUGUAUAGAGUGAUCCGCUCAAUGCUCUAAUUCCACACCCUUGGGGCAACACAUUCCGAUAUUCUGCUUAGAUGACCGCGAUAAAGCACAAUACAGUUAACGCUGACUGGAUAAUGGACCAUUUUAUGAAUGGGCAGAAUGAACAUCCCACAGAUUGUGUAGCUAGCCUACCUACUGCUGGAUCUACUCUACCACAGAAAGAUGUUGAAUAUUACCAAGAGACUGACGCUGAGUGGCAGAAACAGGAUGUUCCCGUAUCAGGUUUUAAAAAAAGAAAAUUAGUGUUACACGUUGAUGUAAACAACACCAUACUGGUGUCUGACACAGCUACAGAACAAGGCACAAGAGCAGCUUUGAGCUCUUAUUUCUCUUCUGUAAUCUGGGGCAAGAUAAAUCAAUUAGAUAAAUGGGAGUGGCUAAGUGAUGUCCCAUCUGUGCUUCCUCCUUGUGAUGAAGCUGUCAACUUUUACUCUGUAUUUGGGAAAGAUGAAGAUUUCUUUGAUUCCACAGAAGGCCGCUGUUUCAAAAGUAUUUUUGUGGAUCACUUACAAAAACUGGAAUGGCCAGGUCCAGCUGAUGAAAUUCUGUCAGUGACUGGUGAGGAUGGAAAGCAAUAUCAUCGCAUUUUGCCAUCAUUUUUCUGGCUAAUAAAAACUUUAUGUCUGCAGGGAAGGGAGUUUUCUAUCUUACUACGCACAAUGGGAACAGAUUUGUAUCCAGUUCUUCAUGCACUAGAGUUUGCCAUGAGGGGUGGCCAUCCGCAGUUCAAGGAUCUCCAGAUGUUAUCAUUUCCUGUAAAUUCAAAGACAGGCCGCAUCCGUUGCAAUAAGCGAGAGAUUGUGCUAUCCACAGAAACUGAACGUAUUUCCACACUUAAAGAUAGCAGGAGUAUUUAUCAAUACUUUAAUAGCUUAAGUGGGAUAAGUGGUUUUCAAGAUCACUUUGACUGGUGGGCCCGUAACAGCUACACAGGCAAGGGUGGGAAGCCAUUCUGGGUGGAUCCAUAUGAUCAGAAUAUCCAGCAUGUCUUUAUAGAUGAUAACAUUCGCUUCACUGAUGAUUACAACAUUGUCCACCCUUUGGUAUUUACCAAGAAAGGAGGCAUUCAAACCCGUACCGCUCCAGCAUCUGAGUUCUAUGACUGCUGCUUGAUUCAGACUGAUCUUUUAAAUGCCAUUGCAAAUCAAGAUUACUUCAUUAAAAAGAUUCAGCAGUGUGAAGAAAAAUAUGACUCCUACCUAUACAAACUUCAGAGCUGACACCAUUUAUCAAGUUAAAAGAUUGAAUAUGACUUACAGCGCAUCUGGCUGCAUGAUGAAUACUGCAACUGUAAUUGCUUUGACUAGGUCAUGGAAUGUAUUUGUAAGUGUAGAUCUCACUUUAAGCUGUUCCCUUUUACAAGAAACUACUUGCAUGCAAUAAAGAUGUGCUAUAUCCACUUUGAUUACUUUUAGUAUUCUGACUGUUGACUAGUUAAGUGGAUUAAUUCAUACACACUUUUCAGCCAUGAUCUAGACAAAAACUUGCAAGUACAUCAUACUUAAUAUGACAGUAAAGAAAACAGUCAUCUCGGGUGGCAUUUAUGGUUACUGAAAUCAUAAAAAAAUAAUAGUAAACAAGCUGAAUUGCUACUCUACUGAGUUGUACAGCUUAUAGUACUAUUGUGUAAGGUAACACUUUUAAACAAAGAGGUGAAGGAAGAUGGUUUCAUGAUGCUUUGCUUCCCACUGUUGAGGGAAGUGCUCCUUAUAUUAAUGAUCUUACCAUUUCUAGGAUUGUUAUAUUUGAUUUUUUCCCCAUUUGUAUUACUUGAAUGGCAGCUGCCACAGUUAAACUUUACCCCUUAGCAUUCACUGAUGUAAAGCAUUUUACAGAUCAUCUGCAGUACUUUAUCUAAGCCAUAUUUCAAACUGUAAUGGCCUUUGACAUUGACAGAUACUUCACUGUACUUCUGGGAUGGAAUGUGACGUGUGCAUGUAUAUGCUUACUUUACUCUUUGAUUGCAAACUUUUUCUCUAUCAUAGAUUUUGCCAUUCUUGUGUGGUUGAUUACAUAAUACAUCAUGGCCAUUUAAGUUUUUGUUUGGAUUUGUCCUUCUUCCUUUGCAGCAGACUGCUGUAUGUCAUUAUUUUAGAUUUAGCUAGUACCACAAAUCUAGGGAAGUAAGCUUGGCCUGAUGACACAGAGGCUGGGUAUCCAUCAGUGACACCAGCAGCCAAUAUCUGGGACUGGAGUGGGGGCAGUGAGUGAAAGGUGGGGGGUAAACAAUGCAGCAUCCGACAGACAGAUAGCUCCCCCAUUCUGGGGUGGGAUUGAAAAGACCCACUACCUUUGUGACUUCUGGUGGAGACCAAGAGCCUUGUAGAUCAGCUGUCUGUAAGGAAGAGUGACAGACGUUCUUGCACUAUUGCAUAUCAGUGCUCCUGCUGGAGAUCUUGACCAGAGUCACUGUCAAAGAGUGAUGGAUCUCAGCACUUGUCCUUGCUGGGGUCUUGUCUAUUGACUCUUAAGGUUUGUGCCAGAAGGCAUACUUCUUGAGAAGUCAAAAGGCCUGUCAGAUGAAGGAACACAAUCACAGUAGUAUGAGAAGGAGCUAUGGAGGUGCCCACAGAGGGUGGGAGGGUGUGGGGAAAAUCACUAGGCAUUAUUUCUAAGUUGAGAGGAAGAAGCAUUAAAAAAGGCAUUAUGGUAUUAGAUGUUUCGGUGCUGACAUCUUGUUGCUUAACUCUUGGAAUCCCAAAGUUUCCAGUAUUGUGGCAACAAAGAAUACUGUCUAGUUGUUUCAAGGUGCAAGUGGUUAGCAACAGAAGUGCAAAAACUGUUUUUUUUUUUCGUACUUAUGGAUUUUUAUCUUUUAUAGUUAUUUGAGCACAUGCAUGUGUACACAAAGAAAUAAGCUGGCUGUUAGGCCUUGUGGUUCUUCAUGCCAUCUCAGAAAACCUCUCUCAGUAGGUAAAUGUCAUUAGAUUAUAGUUACAACAAGGCCUAAAUUGUUUGCUCAUGCUUUUUCAGAAUAUGUGAAAGUAGUUGAUGAUUAAUUCCCUCCUGUUGUGCAGUUCUUGGAGUAGAAUAUAUUAAGCAGGGUGGGGAUAAGGGAGCUUCAUCACACUACAAAAGAAGCCUUUACAGAUAGUCACAGUUGCCAUCUUGUGCCGGUAACCAGUGCCAGGUAGCUAUGCAUUUUGCAUUAGUUCAGCCAAAUUGCUUCCUUUGCUGAAGGAGGUGUCUGUUGGCAGAAGGUUAUUUUUACCUUUUAGAUCCUACAAGGCUGUACCAUUCUGAAGUAGAAUUGCCUCUUCACGAACAAGGCAUUAUUCUAGGUCUUUCACUUGUACCAACAAAAAUAUGUAUUGUAUUGCUUCUAUACUUUGUCAUUGGUCUUGUCUACCUUGGAUAGUAAAAGUGUUAAUGCUGUA